AUGAGAAUUUCAUCUGCUGCUUUAGCUGCCACUUUGAUUGGCUCUGUUUCUGCGUUGCCUCAUCUGCAGGUGAAGCGUGACGAGGACUGUGUCACUACCGUGGCCGACGCUCAUCAGCACAAGAGAGCUGUCGCUGUCGAAUACGUGUACCAGACGAUCACUGUCGACGGACAUGGUCAAACCGUGGGGAGAAUCAGCGAUGUGACGACUCCAACUUCUACGUUGUCUCCAGCCGCUCCUUCUUCCGUCGCUGUCACGACGUCCAGCCAGGCUGCCGCAGCCACCACUUUGUCCUCCGAGGCACAGACGACCACCUUGAGCCAGACACCUUCGAGUUCUUCGCCUGCAGUGGCUACUUCAUCUGCUGAGACUAGUUCGUCUGCUGUGGCUGCUUCGUCUGCAGUGGCUACUUCUUCUGCUGGCCCGUCUGCCGGCCCUUCGUCUUCUACCUCUUCGACUGGCGGCAUCUCGGGUGAUUUGGGCGCCUUUUCGGGCCCAAGCGAGAAGUUCCAGGACGGAACCAUUCCUUGUAGCCAAUUCCCAGCCGGUCAAGGUGUCAUUUCUCUCGACUGGGUCGGCCUCGGCGGUUGGUCUGGUGUCGAGAACGCUGACACUUCUACCGGUGGCAACUGUAAGGAUGGCUCCUACUGUUCGUACGCUUGCCAGGCAGGUAUGUCCAAGACUCAAUGGCCAUCAAGCCAGCCUGCUGAUGGCAGAUCUAUUGGUGGUCUGUACUGUAAGGGUGGGUUCUUGUACCGCUCCAACACCAACAGUGACUACCUAUGUGAGUGGGGUGUGCCAUCCGCCUCCGUUGUCUCGAAGUUGAACCAAGACGUUGCCAUCUGUAGGACCGAUUACCCCGGCACCGAGAACAUGGUUAUCCCAACCCUCGUCGGCGCCGGUCAGUCGCAGCCUUUGACUGUAGUCGACCAAGAUUCGUACUACACCUGGAGAGGAAUGAAGACUUCUGCCCAAUACUACGUCAACAACGCGGGUGUCUCUGUCGAGGACGGCUGUGUUUGGGGCGACGCUGGCUCCGGUAUCGGUAACUGGGCUCCCUUGAACUUUGGCGCUGGUCAAACCGGUGGUAUCACUUACCUAUCUUUGAUUCCAAAUCCAAACAACAAGGCCCCAUUGAACUUCAACGUCAAGAUCGUCGCUGCCGACUCUUCCUCAGUGGUUCAAGGUGAAUGUUACUACGAGAACGGCAAAUACAACGGCAACGGUGCUGAUGGUUGUACCGUCGCUGUGACUUCUGGUUCCGCUCAUUUUGUUCUCUACUAA